UACUUCUGAAUUAACGACAUCUCAAUCAGAGUCUAUCUCUCAGACUACCCAACCAGCAACAACUGUUACCAGUGCCCCGGAGUCCACCAGUGCUCAAUCAGAUACUAGCUACCAAACAACGUAUCCUACAACCAUCAUAUCGAGUACUAUAGAAUCAAGCACAAAACACACAGGUUCCCUAAAUGAAACGAUUGGGGGCUUUACGUCCAACGCAAGAGUGGAUCGAAUUUCAAUUGUCUCGACUUCUUUAAUUUAUGUAUUGGGAAACCUUAUAACAGUAUUAUUUACCACAAACCAGCAGGUGAGGCUGGAUUGAUUCGGAUUUUAUCCAUCCAUUAAUUUUAAAAGUGGUGUUUAUUUGGAAAAUGUAUCAAUUUCAAUGGGUAAUUUUGUUAAUUUUAGCGUAAAAUUUGUUGACAGUGGAUUUAAUUAUCGUAACGCCUUUAAAAUGCACACAAAAAAAAUGUACGAAGGCAUGACGAUCACUUAACGUCAUUGGGUGACAGCUUCCACUUGCAAAAAUUAACCAAACAUUUAUUAUUUACUUUUUUUAUUUAAAAAAUCAUCAUACGUUGUCUUUUCUUUCGUCUGUGAAAAACAGAACUUCCAACGUCAUCGCUGAUCAACUCGUCAGCAGACUCCUUACACGCAGACUACAGUUCUCAAAAUACGGUUAUUAUUCAAGUUAAUACAACCCUAAAAAAUACUGGAAUUAUUCAAUUUUCCAUAUUCCAUAAUGUG